UGUGUUGCUCCAGUCUUCAGGUACCACCAUCACUGUAGAUAUCGCUGUUAUGGGCGAAGCUCAUGGUCUCAUCACGGACCUCUUAGCUGAACCGUCAUUACCGCCACACGUGUGCACUUCCCUGAGGGCGGUUAGUAACCUACUGAGCACCCAGCUCAACUUCCAGCCAAUCCACAAGCCCAGGGUGAACCCCCUCGUCACCUUCAGUGAGAACUCUGCAUGUUCCGACUCCGAGGAGGGCUCCGAGAAGGGGGAGAAGAUGACUAUACCAAAGAGGUUACGGAGAAGUCUUCCUUCGGGACUAUUACGCAGAGUGUCUUCAACUUGGACUACAACCACCUCUGCGACCGGAUUGCCGACCCUAGAACCGGCACCAGUGAGGCGAGACCGCAGUGGUAGUAUUAAGCCCACUGAUACAACGUCCUCGGGCAGUGGCAAUUCCGAAUCAUGGAACAACAACCUUCUUGGAAACAUCAGUAAGAGCCGCUCCUUCUCCACCCCAUUCGUUGUGUCUAACGUCAAUCACCUGAAUUCCAAACGAAGACAAGGUAUCCCACCCUCAAUCUCUCCGCUCACUUCCCCGUGUCACUCACCCAUUCACGGCACACCGGCACCCAGCCCCACGCUAAAGUCAUUGCCAGUGCAGUUCACAGAUUCCGAGGGCAGCCGGCUUGGCCUGAACCCACACAAAGCCUUAACGUGUUCCCGGAGUGCGCCGGAAAUUCCCGAACCCGUCCCUGAAGACACCACCGCUGUAUGUAGCAGUUGUGGGCGGCCGUACAGCCAGGUGAAUCCCGCCGAGAGAACAGGGGACACAAAUGACAUAACACACUCUCAGAGCAGAACGGAUGACCCAGCUCACACCACGUCAGACUACGACAGCACACAUGAAACCAACAACAGUGACAGCAGCGACAUUGUACAGAAUGAUGACGAAGCUGAGGGUGAUGGGACGCAGUCCAGGAAAAGCUCUGUCUGCCGAACGUUUCGAUCGGACAACAUUGACCUCCACACACUAAUAACAGCAGCCGAGGACAAACCCAUCCUUGCCCCGGAGCCGCUCAUCAUGGGUAAUGUAGAUGACCUUUUGGGGAGGUCAACAACUGGAACUUCCCCAUAUUUGAUCUGGUGGAGAAGACGGGUCAGAAAUGCGGGAGGAUCCUCAGCCAGAUGUCGUAUCGACUCUUUGAGGACAUGAAUCUUCUGGAGACCUUUAAAAUCCCCUUGAAGGAAUUCAUGAACUAUUUUCACGCCUUGGAAAAUGGCUACCGAGACAUCCCGUAUCACAACAGAAUUCACGCUACUGAUGUGCUGCAUGCGGUCUGGUACCUCAGUACACAGGCCAUUCCAGGUCUACAAAAUGCUGUCAAUGAUCACGGCUCAGCCAGCGAUUCAGAUUCAGACAGCGGAAUCACACAUGGGCACAUGGGUUACACUUUCUCCAAGAUGUACAAUCCCUCAGAAGACACGUACGGCUGUUUGUCAGGGAAUAUUCCGUCCUUAGAACUGAUGGCUCUUUAUGUAGCAGCAGCCAUGCAUGAUUACGACCACCCAGGAAGAACCAACGCCUUCCUUGUGGCAACCAGCGCACCGCAGGCAGUGCUCUAUAAUGACCGUUCGGUUUUGGAGAAUCAUCACGCAGCUGCGGCAUGGAAUCUCUUCCUGUCACGGCCAGAAUAUAAUUUUUUAAUCAAUUUAGAUCACAUGGAAUUCAAGAGGUUCCGGUUCCUAGUGAUUGAGGCAAUUCUGGCCACCGACCUGAAGAAGCACUUUGAUUUCUUGGCAGAGUUCAAUGCAAAGGUGAACGAGGAGGUGGGGCCAGGGAUUGACUGGUCCAAUGAGAAUGACCGAAUGCUGAUCUGUCAGAUGUGCAUUAAGCUGGCCGAUAUCAAUGGACCCGCCAAAUGUAAAGAUUUACACCUGAAGUGGACAGAGGGCAUCGUGAAUGAGUUCUAUGAGCAGGGGGAUGAAGAGGCGAGCCUCGGCCUCCCCAUUAGCCCGUUCAUGGACCGCUCGGCCCCCCAGUUAGCCAAACUUCAAGAAUCGUUCAUAACUCACAUUGUGGGGCCUUUGUGUAACUCAUAUGACUCGGCGGGUCUGAUGCCAGGAAAAUGGAUUGAGGACAGCGAUGAAUCUGGGGAUACGGAUGAACAGGAUGAAGAUACUGAUACUACAGAGGAGGAAACGUCCGAAGCCUCAGAAACGAUAACAAAAAAGAAAAAGUGCAAAAGAAAAAUCUACUGUCAGAUUACACAUCACUUGAUGGAGAACCACAAAAUGUGGAAGAAAGUGAUCGAGGAAGAGCAGAAGAUGGAGGCCGGUGAGAAGGAGCUGUCAGAGCCCAUCCAGGCCAUCCGGGAGGAGGAGGAAUCCAAUGCCAAACAGGAGAAUUCGGACGCCGACAGCGAUGAGUGA